ACUAUGUAUUUCAUUUAGAUCGUGUGCGCUUGCGCAGAUGGGGGGCGGAUUUGUUUUGCUGGACCCUGUCGUGUUUUGUAUUAGAAUCCAUCGAAAUGGAGUUUUUGAGUCACCGGCAUCUUCGACGGUGAACGUUCCUGAGGGACCUUGUGACGGCCUAUAAGAAGACGAAACCAUGGGGAACACGAGCAGCGAGCGGGCUGCAAUGGGCCAUGGGGAGAAGGCUCAGCGGAGAGACAGUCGGGGCAUCAAAGAGGGAGAGAGACCCAAAAUCCUCAUGGACAGCCCAGAGGAUGCUGAUAUUUUUCACGGAGAAGACAUAAAGGCCCCUCUAGAGAAGGAGGAGUUCCUUGCCUGGCAGCAAGACCUGGAAGCAGACGAUAAAGGCCUGGCUGUUGACCGACCAACCGUUUUUCGCUGGACAGGGGAUGGGAAAGAGGUCUACCUCUCUGGGUCUUUCAACAACUGGGCCAAUAAGAUUCCCCUAAUAAGAAGUCAGAACACAUUUGUGGCAAUUGUAGAUCUACCUGAGGGAGAGCAUCAGUACAAGUUUUAUGUAGAUGGCCAGUGGACCCAUGACCCAACUGAGCCUGUUGUGACCAGCCAGCUGGGCACCGUUAAUAAUAUCAUCCAGGUGAAGAAAACUGACUUUGAGGUGUUUGAUGCUCUCAUGGUGGACUCACAAAAAUCCUCUGACGUGUCAGACCUGUCCAGCUCUCCGCCCGGCCCAUAUCACCAGGACGCUUAUGUUCCCAAACAAGACGAAAAGUUUAAGUCUCCACCUAUCCUCCCUCCGCACCUCCUCCAAGUCAUCCUCAACAAAGACACUGGAAUAUCUUGUGACCCUGCAUUACUUCCAGAGCCGAACCACGUCAUGCUCAAUCACCUUUACGCGCUUUCAAUUAAGGAUGGAGUGAUGGUGCUUAGUGCAACACAUCGGUAUAAGAAGAAGUAUGUCACCACUUUAUUGUAUAAGCCCAUCUAAUGGCCACGUUUCAUUCCAGUAGUCUGUGCAUGAACUAUACACCAAGUGUGUAGAAUAUUUCCUCCAAUCGUUUUUGAGUUUCUUCCAUGAAAUAGAAAAAUUAGACCAAACCUGUUAAAAAUCCCUCACCUGUUCAUGUCAAUCCAAGUUGAACAAUGAAUGAAGUGGGAUGAAUGAAGGACUUAAUAAUGAUGUGAUUUUUAUGAGAUUUAAACAUAAUCACAAAAUUGUGAUUCUUUACAGUUUGUUAGAGAUGAUUUGUUAUAUUAAAUUAGACAAGUUGAAAGGCAUUUCAGAGACAUCUUCAAACAUAAAAAACAUUUCAGAUAUUCUUUAUGAAUAUCUUUUGAGAGGAUAUUCAUAAAAAUUUUGAUGACAUGACAUUUAACUUUAUAAACUUCUAACAUAAGCAUUGAAAUGCAUUACAGUUAAAUGUUUUACCUUUUUGUUGUUGCAGCCAAAACUGUUACAGUGGUGCUUGAAAAUGUAUUUGAAGUAUUUUUUUUAACAUUAAUGACCAGAAUGACCUGUUCUUUUUUUUUUUACUUUUAAAGAGAAAUCCUCAGGCUUUAAUCAAAACUUGACUAUGGGAAGACAGACAGGUGCAGAGGUGCAGAGUGAAGGAAUACCAGAGUCUUCUCUGGUCGCCAAAGGAGAUUACUUAGAACCUCAAACUGAGAGUUGUUGAAUCUUAUCAGGCUAAAGCCUCAGACAUGGUUGCUGUCUGCAUUAGUUUCAUCCUCCACUGAGUGAAGAAUUGUGGGUAAUCAGCCGUUGCUAACAGACUUGCAUCCAGCCCCCUCAAAAGUAACAAUCCAGUGCCUUUGGAGAUGAUGCAGUGUGUGGGUCGAAGGCCCGAAGCAACACAGUGAGCAAUACGAAGAAGGCUGCAAGAAAAAAAAAGUCAGUGUCGUGAAAAGAGAGUAUUGCUUUGUUUUUUUUUUUUGUUUGUUUUUUUUAGUUUGUUAGAAUUUGCAUUAAAAAGUCAGCAGACUGAUUGGGGAGAAAAAAUACAACAUAAAAUAGAAGAUAUAGAGUAAGAAUAACAUUUACUUUGAGGCAACAAAGAAAAGAUUCUAGAGCUUCGAAAUAAGGAAUUAUUUCAUAAAUGAAAAUAAAAACAGUUAAAAGCUGUUCAAUUUUCAAGCACUACUGAAAACAGAUGAGCACUUUUAUAGUGAUUUAUACUCUGCAUAUCUAAUUAUUGUAAAAAUCCACCUAAGGUUGUAAAUGUGUCGAUUAUUACAUUCCUAUUUAAUAUGCCUUUCCUUGUACAUUAAUUUGCAAGGAUAUUUUUGCUUUGCAGAAUAUAUAUGAAAGCAAUAAUGAUUUGGUAGGACACGGAAACGUUUUAAAUCGAGACAUAUACAUAGUUGUAAUCAUUAAUCAUGCUGAUAGAAGUAUGUGUAAAUAAGGCUGCUGUUUUCUUUCCCAUGGUUGAGAAGACAAAACGUCACCAAUCAAGAAUGUGAACCUUCAGGUUACAGACUGAACAUAUGCACUGAGGCAGUUAUCUGUGUGUUCUCUUCUGCUGGUUAUGUUGAUGGGAAAAUGUGCCGAGCACACAACACAGAGAUAAUAUAUUUUCUAGAGCAUUUAGAGAUGAUAUUAUUUAUAUUUGAGUUGCUGUAGAUCAUUCUCUUGAUCCAGAUUGUUUUUAUUGCGUCGAUUGCCUUGUAUGGUAAAAACCAUUUCACUCGAAAGUUUAGCUAUUGAUUUGAUGUUGAAUUUGUGCACUAACAUGACGAUGUAUCGGAAGAGUAGAACUGAUACCGCUGCCGUAUUUUUCUGCAUGAUGAAAAUUAAAUUAAGAUCACAUCCAA